AUGGCUACAUCAAUGCAUCUGUCUCGACUCCGGAAGUGGUUUCUCGCGUCGCCUCCGAUCGAAUAUGCUAUUUCACAUCUCCGAGAGUUGCUCGUCGGAGCCCUCAAGCAGGGCCCUGUCCCUCAACAUGUUGCCUUUGUUAUGGAUGGAAACCGGAGAUUUGCUAGAACACAUGGGAUUGAGACUGUGGAGGGACAUAAUUUGGGAUUUGAGGCACUGGCAAGGAUUCUUGAAGUCUGCUAUAAGAGUGGAGUGAAAGUCGUCACCAUUUAUGCGUUUAGUAUCGAGAAUUUCAAGCGGUCCAAGUUCGAGGUUGAUGCAUUGAUGGAAAUGGCCAAAGUGAAGCUGUCCCAAAUGGCACAGCACGGCGACUUGCUCGAUAGCUACGGCGCAAAGGUCCGCGUAUUGGGCCGAUUGGAUCUCCUCAAGCCCGAUGUUCUUGAGGCCGUCAACCGAGCCGUGGAUAUGACGAGUCGGAAUGGCGACCGCGUCCUGAAUAUCUGUUUCCCCUAUACGUCGCGCGAUGAGAUCACUACUGCUGUCCGAGACACGGUUUCCGAAUACAGCAGACCGUUGAAGCCGAUUUGCUCUCCGUCUACAGGUCCACGCACUCCAUUUUCGGAGUCGCAUAUUGCUCUCAACAUCCAAGCGCAGAGGACGGAACACAAUAGUGACACGGAAUCUACUUCGGGAUCUUCGGAGGACGGGAAUGGGAACACUAAGCAGGACCGCAGUCGCAACAAAGUUUACGAAUCUGGAUCUUCUUUCUCCUCAUCCACGACGCUCCACCUUGGGCAACAAGAUGGGCCCGGCACUAAGACCUCGACACCGUUGACGGAAGGGACGGAUACGGAUAACCCGGCCUUCGUAUCCCCGGAAACCAUCUCGCGCCAGACAUUAACCGAUCACAUGCUUACAAAAGACAACCCGCCGCUGGACGUUCUCGUACGGACGUCGGGGGUAGAACGCCUUAGCGACUUCAUGCUUUGGCAAUGCCACGAGGACACGGAAAUUGUGUUCUUGAAUGUCAUGUGGCCCGAGUUCGACUUGUGGCAUUUCAUCCCCGUCUUGUUGGGAUGGCAGCGACGCAUCUCUAAAUCGAAGCAGAACCCCGAUGCGGAAGGGGACUUUGAUGGAGAGGGGUCCGUGUCAGCGGAAGAGGACGAUGGAAUUAUCCUUCGUCCGGACAACAAGGUGAAGGGUAUGUAA